AUGGCAUUGCACGCCCCCGUCCUCGUGCUGAAGGACUCGUUGAAGAGGGAAUCCGGCGCCAAGGUUCAGCAUGGCAACAUCCAGGCCGCGAAGGCUGUGUCAGACAUCAUUCGCACAACGUUGGGUCCUAGGUCCAUGUUGAAGAUGCUUCUGGAUGCCAGUGGAGGUAUCGUGGUCACUAAUGACGGCAAUGCUAUAUUACGGGAACUAGACAUUGCACAUCCUGCUGCUAAGUCUAUGAUUGAGCUAAGCCGCACACAGGAUGAAGAAGUGGGAGAUGGGACAACAUCUGUAAUUGUUCUAGCUGGUGAGAUGCUCCAUGUUGCAGAAACAUUUAUUGAAAAGAACUACCAUCCCACUGUCAUUUGCCGAGCAUACAGCAGAGCUCUUGAGGAUGCCAUAGCUGUCCUUGACAAAAUUGCAAUGCCUGUUGAUGUUAAUGACCGCGAGGCAAUGCUAGGGCUGGUGAAGAGCUCCAUUGGUACAAAAUUCACUGGCCAGUUUGGCGACCUAAUUGCUGACCUUGCCAUAGAUGCUACUACAACAGCAGGUGUAGACCUGGGUCAAGGAAUGCGUGAAGUUGAUAUCAAGAAAUAUAUCAAAGUAGAGAAGAUUCCUGGCGGCCAGUUGGAGGACUCAAAGGUUCUUAAAGGGGUCAUGUUCAAUAAAGAUGUUGUGGCUCCUGGAAAAAUGAAAAGGAAGAUAGUAAAUCCACGCAUCAUCCUUUUGGAUUGCCCUGUUGAGUACAAAAAGGGGGAAAAUCAGACAAAUGCCGAGUUGAUGAGUGAAGAAGAUUGGAAGGUUCUGCUAGAUAUGGAGGAAGAAUACAUCAAGAACCUCUGUGUGCAAAUUUUGAAAUUCAAGCCUGACCUGGUUAUCACAGAGAAAGGACUCAGUGACAUGGCUAUGCAUUAUUUAAGCAAAGCUGGUGUUAGUGCAAUCCGUAGACUUAGGAAGACAGAUAACAACAGGAUUGCUAAAGCCUGUGGUGCAGUUAUAGUUAACAGGCCAGAGGAGCUUCAAGAAUCAGAUGUGGGGACACGAGCUGGUCUCUUUGAGGUUAAGAAGAUCGGUGAUGAAUUCUUUUCCUUCAUUAUUGAAUGCAAAGAUCCUAAAGCAUGCACUGUUCUAUUGAGGGGAGCAAGCAAGGACAUCUUGAACGAGGUGGAGAGGAACCUUCAGGAUGCCAUGUCUGUUGCAAGGAACAUUUUGAAAAACCCGAAACUUCUACCUGGAGGUGGUGCUUCUGAAUUGACUGUAUCGGCAACACUAAAGCAAAAGAGUUCUUCAGUUGAAGGUGUUGAAAAGUGGCCUUAUGAAGCUGCUGCUUUAGCAUUCGAAGCAAUCCCAAGAACUUUGCUUCAAAAUUGUGGUUUGAAUGUUAUUAGGACGAUGACACAACUCCAGGGAAAGCAUGCGAAUGGUGAAAAUCCUUGGGUUGGUGUUGAUGGAAGGACUGGUGAUAUUGUUGACAUGAAAGAGCGGAAGAUCUGGGAUUCUUACAGCGUGAAGGCACAGACGUUCAAGACAGCGAUCGAGUCUGCUUGCAUGCUUCUAAGGAUUGACGACAUUGUCAGUGGAAUCAAGAAGAAGCAGGCUCCUGGCUCUGGUGCUCCCAAGCAACCCCAGAUUGAAACGGGUGAAGAUGCGGACACUGAACAGAUGAUCCCGGAGUAG